UGUGCUGUGGUCUGGGUGGAUACCAGAGUAUAACUCCAAAACGGAACUCUCAGGGCGUGGUCAGUCACAGUCUGAUACCGUCGUGCUACUGCUGAGCCUGAGUGUCUUCAGUAAGGAGAGAAGAAGAAGCUGGAUAGUUGGAGGGGGAAGAGGUCUGCUGCAGUCUAAGGCAGAAGCAGAUUGUCUUUGGUGAACAGGGAAGGAGAGGCUGGAUAGUUGGAGGAGAAGAGGUCUGCUGCAGUCUAAGGCAGAAGCAGAUUGUCUUUGGUGAACAGGGAAGGAGAGGCUGGAUAGUUGGAGGAGAAGAGGACCAGACCAAAAGAUGACCUGCUUUUACUUAUUAUGUUUCUAGAGGAUGUAAGAUAACGACAGAAGACAGGGGGAUCUGAACAGAAGACAGGGGGAUCUGAACAGAAGAACUGAACAGAAGACAGAGGGAUCUGAACAGAAGAACUGAACAGAAGACAGAGGGAUCUGAACAGAAGAACUGAACAGAAGACAGAGGGAUCUGAACAGAAGACAGGGGGAUCUGAACAGAAGAACUGAACAGAAGACAGGGGGAUCUGAACAGAAGAACUGAACAGAAGACAGAGGGAUCUGAACAGAAGACAGAGGGAUCUGAACAGAAGACCUGAACAGAAGACAGGGGGAUCUGAACAGAAGACAGGGGGAUCUGAACAGAAGAACUGAACAGAAGACAGAGGGAUCUGAACAGAAGACAGGGGGAUCUGAACAGAAGACAGGGGGAUCUGAACAGAAGAACUGAACAGAAGACAGAGGGAUCUGAACAGAAGAACUGAACAGAAGACAGAGGGAUCUGAACAGAAGACAGAGGGAUCUGAACAGAAGACCUGAACAGAAGACAGGGGGAUCUGAACGGAAGACAGGGGGAUCUGAACAGAAGACCUGAACAGAAGACAGGGGGAUCUGAACAGAAGACAGAGGGAUCUGAACAGAAGACAGAGGGAUCUGAACAGAAGAGGGAUCUGAACAGAAGACAGGGGGAUCUGAACAGACGACAGGGGGAUCUGAAUAGAGAAGUAGAAUAUAAGACUGGUGAAUAAUAGAGCUCAACUCUUUUUGAAGCAUUGCCUUUUUUUCCAGUACUUUUAGAAUGUGUUGUAAAAAGUACUGGUAACAAACUCACUGCAUGACUCACUGCUUGACGAAAUGCUUUUUCUGGUUACUUUUUCCAUGCGAAUGUUUCUUCCCCACAAAAUAUUUUAGAGCUCUGGCAUGUGGUAUCCCCAUUAAAACCCUUCAACGUUUGGAGGAUCUAUCAAAGAUUAUAAAUACUCAAACUUCCAUCAACUGUUACAGCGGCUACAAAAAGAGGUUUUAAUUUGAGAUGCCCUUUUCUUAUUUGUCAAGUUAUUGUCCUUUGGAGCAGAGGCAGGGUGUGUUUCUUCAGGUGUAUAGAUGUAUUAUUUCCCAUCAACACUGAAUGGCCAUGUUGUUUUGGACUAACACAGCAUUACCUGGAUUGGAGACAAAUGAAAGUACAUGAAGGAAAAAAGUACAUGAGGAACAUGGACUCAGAAAAGGAAGAUAAUGCAAACAGCAACUGUCUUGUCCAACCAGAAGACAUCAUUUCAGAGUCUCAUUUGGGUACAUAUGGUGAGUCAACAGACCAAUCAGAUGACUGCAUUUCAGAAAGGCUGUUCCACUUACAAGGAUAUGGUGGGUCAACUGACCCUGUUGAACAGAGAGUGAUGAUAGACAAACAUAGGAACAGUGUGUCAUCAGAGGACUGCAGUAUGGAGGAGCCUAUAGACACACAGAAUACCACAGACAGAGCCAAUCAGGACAUGACAACUGACUGUCCCAGCACAGACAAGUUGGAAUCAACAGACCAGUAUAGUCAUUGUGUGUCAACAAAUAACCGUCAUCAAGAUAGGGUCGCAAACAAUCAUGAUAAAGACAAAGUCAAGGAGAUGAAGCACACAGAGGCGUCGACAGACAACUACAACAGGCUGGCCUGGUUAACAGACAGUGAAACCAAUCCAAGAGCCAGAAGUUAUCAGGAAAUAUUUACAUAUGAUAACCACAGCCAAGACUCACCUGCUGACAGCAAAGACUUACCUGCUGCUGAUGUUGUAGACAGAGACCUUGCUAACCCCUCUGCAGUAAUGGCUGGGGAACCUGCUACUAGUACACCACUACCUUCAAACACCAGAAAACUGGUGAUAACCAUGACCAGGACUGAGCCUAUAUCUGAUGACCGGCAGCAUACAGCCUCUGAAACUGAGAGCCUGUUAGAGGCUGGAGAGGCUGAAACCGAGAGACUGUUAGAAGCUGGAGAGGCUGAAACUGAGAGCCUAUUACAGGCUGGGGAGACUGUUAAUGCACUGGUUGAGGAACUUCCUCACGCAUCUGCUCCUGUGUCUGAGAUCACAGCCCAUUCUACAGCCCAGUCCUCUCAGCCCUGUAGUACCCAGGAUGGAGCCCCAACCCCAACACCAGCCAGUCCCCAGGAUGGAGCCCCAACCACAGCACCAGCCAGUCCCCAGGAUGGAGCCCCAACCCCAGCACCAGCCAGUCCCCAGGAUGGAGCCCCAACCCCAGCACCAGCCAGUCCCCAGGAUGGAGCCCCAACCCCAGCACCAGCCAGUCCCCAGGAUGGAGCCCCAACCCCAGCACCAGCCAGACCCCAGGAUGGAGUCCCAACCCCAGCACCAGCCAGUCCCCAGGAUGGAGCCCCAACCCCAGCACCAGCCAGUCCCCAGGAUGGAGCCCCAACCCCAGCACCAGCCAGUCCCCAGGAUGGAGCCCCAACCCAAGCACCAGCCAGUCCCCAGGAUGGAGCCCCAACCCCAGCACCAGCCAGUACCCAGGAUGGAGCGCCAACUCCAGCACCAGCCAGUCCCCAGAAUGGAGCCCCAACCCCAGCACCAGCCAGUACCCAGGAUGGAGCCCCAACCCCAGCACCAGCCAGUACCCAGGAUGGAGCCCCAACCCCAGCACCAGCCAGUACCCAGGAAGGAGCCCCAACCCCAGCACCAGCCAGUCCCCAGGAUGGAGCCCCAACCCCAGCACCAGCCAGUACCCAGGAUGGAGUUCCAAACCCAGCACCAGCCAGUCGCCAGGAUGGAGUCCCAAACCCAGCACCAGCCAGUACCCAGGAUGGAGCCCCAAUCCCAGCACCAGCCAGUACCCAGGAUGGAGUCCCAACCCCAGCACCAGCCAGUACCCAGGAAGGAGCCCCAACCCCAGCACCAGCCAGUCCCCAGGAUGGAGCCCCAACCCCAGCACCAGCCAGUCCCCAGGAUGGAGUCCCAACCCCAGCACCAGCCAGUCCCCAGGAUGGAGCCCCAACCCCAGCACCAGCCAGUCCCCAGGAUGGAGCCCCAACCCAAGCACCAGCCAGUCCCCAGGAUGGAUCCCCAACCCCAGCACCAGCCAGUACCCAGGAUGGAGCGCCAACUCCAGCACCAGCCAGUCCCCAGGAUGGAGCCCCAACCCCAGCACCAGCCAGUACCCAGGAUGGAGCCCCAACCCCAGCACCAGCCAGUACCCAGGAUGGAGCCCCAACCCCAGCACCAGCCAGUACCCAGGAUGGAGCCCCAACCCCAGCACCAGCCAGUCGCCAGGAUGGAGUCCCAAACCCAGCACCAGCCAGUCGCCAGGAUGGAGUCCCAAACCCAGCACCAGCCAGUACCCAGGAUGGAGCCCCAAUCCCAGCACCAGCCAGUACCCAGGAUGGAGUCCCAACCCCAGCACCAGCCAGUACCCAGGAAGGAGCCCCAACCCCAGCACCAGCCAGUCCCCAGGAUGGAGCCCCAACCCCAGCACCAGCCAGUCCCCAGGAUGGAGCCCCAACCCCAGCACCAGCCAGUCCCCAUGAUGGAGCCCCAACCCCAGCACCAGCCAGUACCCAGGAUGGAGCCCCAACCCCAGCAGCAGCCAGUACCCAGGAUGGAGCCCCAACCCCAGCACCAGCCAGUACCCAGGAUGGAGCCCCAACCCCAGCAGCAGCCAGUACCCAGGAUGGAGCCCCAACCCCAGCACCAGCCAGUCCCCAAGAUGGUCUCCUUGCCUUAACCACAGGUCCAACCAGUGGCCCUCCCUCUGGCACUACCUCCACCAGAACCACCUUCUCCCCCGGUUCCCCAGUGGACAAGCCCCUCCAAUUCCCUGCCUUGUUCAGUGGUCUGAGGAUCCCAAAGAAAAGGGCGACAGGGCCGGAUCAGGACAUAGUGGGUAAGAUCAAAACACCAGCCCCAGCAGGCCUGAGUGUGGACAAGCUUGUGAGGAGAAAGCUGAAGACAGUUCGCAAGAGGCAGGGGAGCUUCUUGGACCAGCUCUCCCAGUUCCUGAACCUGGAGAAGGAUGUCAACAGUAAGACAGAGGAGUUUACAGGAGAGGACAGGAGGGAGAUUACAGGAAAGGAGAGGAAGGAGUCUACAGGAGAGGACAGGAGGGUGGUUACAGGAAAGGAGAGGAAGGAGUCUACAGAAGAGGAGAGGAGGGAGUCUAUAGGAGAGGAGAGGAAGGAGUCUACAGAAGAGGAGAGGAGGGAGUCUUCAGGAGAGGACAGGAGGGAGUCAGAGCCCUCAGACGAGACCAAAGGAGUCAGAGUUGAACCUGAGGAUGGGAUGGAGGAGAAGGAGAAGACAGAACAGGAAGAGGGAGGUAAACGGCAGAAAACAGGAGAGGAGAAAAAGACAGACCAGGACACAGAGAAAGAGAAGACUGAAGUUCUGUCUGUGAUAGAGCCUCCGGAAUCUUCAGAACCUUCACAGACUCUAGAACUCUCAGAACCUUUAGAACCUCAGAAGCCUCCUCCCACCAGUGCGGAGGUGGCGUUCGAUGCCUUCAAGGCCUUCUUCAUCCCCAGGCCCCUGAGGAGAGAGGGAGACAGGGGGGACCAGGAGGCAAAGAGGAAGGCCUGGAUCUUUGAGAGAACCUCCAAGACUCCUGAAAAUAAAAACCUCACUGACUCAAAAUUGGAGACAUCGAUCUCAGGUGAUGGAGAGGACCGGUCCACCCCAGGCCGUCUGCAGGCCAUCUGGCCCCCGACUAAGGAGGAGAAGGUUGGACUGAAAUACACAGAAGCAGAACACCAGGCAGCCCUCCUGCAGCUGAAGAGAGAAUGCAACGAGGAGGUGAAGAAGAUACAGGAGGACUAUGGGAAGCAGCUGUGCCAGCUGAGAGGGGACAACGAAGAGUGUGUAUCCCAUCUGGAGGUCACCUUGGCCAGGCUCCAAAGUGACUUGGCCCUGGGUGCCCACCACCGCCGUGGAGACCUCCGAGACGUGGCCGUAUCCACGGGAGAUGACCUAUCAUCCCGGGCUUUCCGCACCGUGUGCAUCCAGACGGACCCCAUGACCUUCCCCCAACCCCCCCUCAACUUGCCUAAGAGACUGGACCUGGUUUCUAUCAGUUUAAAUCUGUCUGGACAGGCUACCUCUCCCUCUUCUUCCCCCGUUCAUCUCCCUCCACCUCCUGCUCCUCCACUCCCACUAUCCGAACCACCUGCACCUCAUGAAGGCUUAUUAUCAGGCAACCUAGCCCCACCUCCCCCUCCUCUUCCUCCUCCUCCUCCUCCUCCUCCUCCUCUUCCUUUCCUUCCUGCUCUAACCCAGACCCAGGGACACGACGGGCCCCCUCCAUCUCUUCCACCCCCUCCACCAGGGUCCGCCCCUCCACCUCCACCCCCUCCACCAGGCUGUGGCCCCCCACCACCUCCCCCUCCAGGGUGUCUGACCUUCAGUACCAUGUUAGAUAAACCCCCCAGGAAGCCGGCUGUGCAACCAGCCUGCCCCAUGAAACCUCUCUACUGGACCAGGAUACAGACACAGGACAACAAUAAAAACACACUGUGGAACUCUCUUGAGGAACCAGACAUCAUCAACACCACAGAGUUUGAAGACCUGUUCUCCAAGACCACCGUACAGACCAAGAGAAAACCUCUGGCAGAGGCCUAUGAGAAGAAAUCCAAGGCCAAGAAGAUCAUGAAGCUGCUGGAUGGGAAGCGUUCCCAGGCCGUAGGGAUACUCAUCUCUAGUCUGCACCUGGCGAUGAAGGACAUACAGGAAGCUGUGCUGAAUGUGGACAACUCCGUAGUGGACGUGGAAACCAUCCAGGCUUUAUACGAAAACAGAGCCCAGCCUGAUGAGCUGCAGCGGAUAAAGAAACACUGCCAAACGUCAGAGGAGGAGCAGGUCAAGCUGCUGGACAAACCUGAACAGUUCCUGUUUGAGUUAUCUCAGAUACCAGACUUUCCAGACAGGGCUUCAUGUAUCAUCUUCCAGUCUGUCUUCAUAGACGCCAUCGACUCCAUUCAGCACAAGUUGGACAUCGUCUCUCGCGUCUGCAAGGAUCUGAUGGACACCUGCAGUGUGAGGGAGGUGAUGGGUCUGAUUCUAGCCCUGGGGAACCACAUGAACGGGGGCAACAGGACCAGAGGACAGGCAGACGGCUUCGGACUGGAGAUCCUGCCCAAACUAAAGGACGUCAAGAGCAGGGACAAUCGUAUCAGUCUGGUUGACUAUGUCACAUCGUACUAUCUCCGCAACCUGGACGAGAACGCUGGAACAGAGAAAAGUGUAUUCCCUCUCCCUGAGCCUCAGGAUGUGUUCCUGGCUGCCCAGGUCAAGUUUGAAGACAUCACCAAGGACCUGAGACAGCUGAGACGAGACCUGACAGUGUGUGAGAAAGGGGUUCAGAAGGUGUGUUCCAGCUCUCCAGAAGAACACCUCCAGCCGUUUAAGGACAAAAUGGAGUCGUUUGUUCUGAUUGCGAGUAAGGAACAAGAUGAAGUGCAUGCCCAGUUGAUGUUUGCACAAAAAAGCUUCCACGAGCUGGUGACGUUCUUAGGGCUGAAGCCCAAGACAGGAGAGACCGAGGUGGCGACAGGUCACUUCUUCAUGCUGUGGUUUGAGUUCUGUACCGACUUCAAGACCAGGUGGAAGAGAGAGAACAAGAAUAUAUCCAAAGAGAGGCUGAAAGAGGCUCAGCUGUCGGUGAAGAAGAUUACAGCAGACAAGAAGGUGGAGACUAGGAAGAUCAACCCUAACAGUCUGAAAGACAGGCUACGCCAGAAGGAAGCUAGCAUGGUGGCCACAAGCUGAGAGACAGAACAGGAGAGAGAAGAUAUUCAUGAGAAAACUGAUGAGUUGGUUUGUGAGGUAAGUGGGGACUUCUCCCACCCCUUUAGCCACCCACAC